AAGGUUUCGCAUUUCCGCUACUUGGAGGGUUGCACAAGUUGCAGCUCAUAUUUCGGUCUCUUCAUUCAACGUUGCUAAAAGACUAUUCACCACAGUCGGCAAUAAUUACUAGCGGCCAUGCCGGCUGCCUACCCACUCCCUUCUGAUUUGUCUCCUGCAACCGUUACCAAUACCGCGUCCCUCCUCCGUAUCAUUGCACUUGCCCUCAUAUCAGGCGCUGCUAUUGCCUCUCGUCUAUUUGCUGUUAUCAAUUUUGAGAGUAUUAUUCAUGAAUUCGACCCAUGGUUUAACUAUCGAGCAACGAAGGUUCUCGCCUCGCAAGGUUUCUAUGAAUUUUGGAACUGGUUUGACCCAACGGCAUGCGGUGUAAUAUACAACUUACUCCAUGCACUCAAUCUCCCGGUCGAUAUCCGCAACAUUUGCGUCCUCCUAGCUCCAGGAUUUAGCGCCUUAACCGCUUGGGCCACGUACAUUGCUGGUCUUCUUGCAGCCGCGUUCAUCGGCAUCGUGCCCGGUUACAUCUCGCGUUCUGCUAUUGCCAUAUUCUUGCUCAUGUUUACCUUUUUCGCAUGGAUCAAGGCACUCAAGCAGGGAAGCGCAUUUUGGGGCACUAUUGCUGCUGUAUUUUACUUCUACAUGGUCGCUGCAUGGGGCGGGUAUGCAUUCAUCACAAAUAUGAUUCCUAUGCAUGCCCUCGUCUUGUUGUUGAUGGGUCGUUUCACGGGCCGGCUUUACGUUGCGUAUUCGUCCUGGUACGCGAUCGGCACUUUGUCCAGUAUGCAGGUCCCCUUCGUUGGCUUCCAGCCUGUUCGCACUAGCGAACACAUGGCCGCGCUCGGUGUGUUCGGCCUAUUGCAGAUCGUUGCUUUCGCGCAACUCGUCCGCGCACACGUUUCUUCAAAGCAGUUCCAGGAGUUACUGUUCGGUGCGGUCAUCUCUGUUGGCCUGAUCGGCUUCUUUGGGUUUGUUGGCCUUACUUAUAAGGGCUGGAUUGCCCCUUGGACUGGGCGAUUCUACUCCCUGUGGGACACCGGCUACGCCAAGAAGUACAUCCCCAUCAUCGCUUCGGUAUCCGAGCACCAGCCUACCGCGUGGCCCUCGUUCUUCAUGGACUUGCACUUCCUGAUUUUCCUUUUCCCUGUGGGCGUCGUGAUGUGUUUCCGUACGUUGAGGGACGAGCACGUCUUCGUGAUCAUCUACGCAGUCGUUGCCAGCUACUUCGCAGGCGUGAUGGUGCGUCUGAUGCUUACCCUCACCCCGGUCGUCUGUGUGUCUGCCGCUGUAGCGCUCUCGACUCUCAUGGAUACGUACCUGGACCCUAGCGAACCGAAUGUUGAAGACGAACAAGAAUGGAAGACGAAAAAGAACAAGGAGAAGGAAAAGGAAGUUGUCUUAGGCGAUCUUGUCUCCAACGUUACCUCCUCUGCUGUAGCUGCCAAAUCUGCCACUACUGCCGAAAAGGGCGUCUUUGGUAUGGACACGCGCCUAAUCGUUCUCCUGAACUCGCUCGGAUUGCUUCUCUUCUUCGUUGUGCACUGCACAUGGGUGACUUCGAACGCAUAUUCCUCGCCAUCCGUCAACAUCAUUGAUGAUUUCAGAGAGGCAUACCACUGGCUGAGGCAAAACACGGCAGAGGAUGCAGUUGUCAUGAGUUGGUGGGAUUAUGGCUACCAGAUCGCAGGAAUGGCGGAUCGCCCGACGUUGGUGGACAACAACACCUGGAACAACACACACAUUGCGACAGUGGGCAAAGCCAUGUCGUCACCAGAGGACAUUGCAUACCCCAUCCUGCGUAAACACGAUGUCAGCUAUGUGCUUAUCAUUUUUGGUGGGUUGAUCGGAUACAGUGGCGACGACAUCAACAAGUUCCUCUGGAUGGUACGCAUCGCGCAGGGUGUCUGGCCCGAUGAGAUCCAAGAGCCAAAUUACUUCAACCGUGGAGAGUACCGCGUAGACAGCGAGGCAGCUCCGGCGAUGCGCGACAGUCUGAUGUACAAGAUGAGUUACUAUCGCUUUGCGGAGCUGUUUGGUGGUCAGCAGCCCGUGGAUCGUGUGCGGGGACAGCAUAUGCCUAUCCAGGGCCCAACUUUGGAUUACCUCGAGGAGGCAUAUACAUCAGAAAACUGGAUUGUCCGCAUUUAUGAAGUGAAGAAGGAUGAUGUGCUCGGACGUGACUUGAAAAUCGCGAAUGCGUUCGAUCAGGGGAAGAAACGCAAGCGGACAAAACCUGUGUCGAGAAGGAAGGCUAUCAGUGCUUGAGCGAGGGAGUGGGGCGAAUGCGAUACAGAAAAGCCUUGAUCGAGGCCUCGGAACGAUGGGUCGACCUGACAUAGAGAUCGUAUUUCCUUGUAGUAUUGUAGACCUUGUCUGGAGCUGCAACCUUCGUUCGCCCUCUUCUUCGUCUCGUCGUAGUACACAUAUUGUCUCGGUCCGACAAGCAGUACCUAGUGAUAAUACAUCAACUUAUGCAAAGAAUGGGAUUAUGUAUGUAAA